AUGCGUUUCCCCCCGGCCGGUCCGUCCCUCCUUCUCCCUCUCCUCCUCGCUUCCUCUGCGGUCGCGGCACCAACCCGCAGUGGUCUCCGGUUCGGCAAGCUCCACCGCGAGCGUGCAGGACCAUGGAAGGCGUACCUCGCUCACGAGACCUUUGAGCACGGCCCCGAAGAGGUGGCUGUGACCACGAGCGAGACUGUUGAGGAGAACUCUACCAACCCACCAAACCUGGUGUUUAACACGACCGUGAUUGACAACUCGACGGUUAUUGACAACUCGACUAUUGUCGACAACUCGACGACAGUCAUUGUCAACUCCACCGAGUCAUCCACCGCCACUCCCUCGCCCACCAUCGCCAUCCUCCCAGCACCAGAGGUCGACCCAUCGGUCUCGGAGACGCCAGAGAGCCUUCCCGCCACCCAGACGGAGGAGAGCUCUUCCACCGCGUCCCCGUCUACCACCUGGACGCCGACGAAGCCCGACUUCAGCCACCCCUCGUGGGAGGCGCGCCUCAAUGGCUCGGACACGGUCCCAGUGCCGCCCGUGAUGAACGAGUCGCACAUUGCGGCGAUCCAGUCCGGCGCGGCGACCUACUCGGCCCUCUCGUACACGGACUACGUUCAGGACCCCACGACGACCUCUCCGGCCGGCCCGACUCCCACUGUCGGCAGUGCGAACGACAAGGCGCAGGGCAUCGCGGGCGACUGGAUCAAGUCGUUGAUGAACAAGAAGAUCGGCGAGCUCCUCCCCACGGUCACUCUUGAGAUGAUCCUCAAGCCCACGCAGGAGGCCGACGGCACGUGGGACUACGUCGUCAUCAUGGGCGCGGAUGGCACUGCUACUGCCGUCCCGACCUUUGGUCCCUCGUCGACGUCUCCGGCUCUUCCUUCUUCUACCUCGUCGACCCGGACCCGGACCCGGACCCGGACCCGGACGCGCGAGCCUGCACCCACCCAGGCUCCGCCGUCUGGCGGAAACGAGAACUCUUCUGGUGGUGAUUCGGGCUCGGGUGGCGCUGGCGCCAACCCCAACCCUCCCAUCACCACCUCGGCCGAUCUCGGCGGAUCUCCCUCCACCACUGGGUCGGGUGGUUCCGACAACGGCCCCAACUGGGUGCCUGUCCAGAGUAUCCAGACUCCUGGAGGCUCUCGCCCCACUCCCACUUCCACUCCCUCGUCUGCCCCUGCCCCUAAGCCUACCUCCGGCUCGGGCAACGGGGGUUCCUCGAACUCGGGGUCGGAGCACCCAGCUCCUGCCCCUCCCCCCGAGGAGAACAACACUGAGCAGCCGGCCCCUUCGUCUGCUCCAGAGGAGAGCAACACCGAGCAGCCGGCCCCCACGUCCACUCAGGGAGAGAACCGGCCACAGCAGCCUGCUCCUUCGUCGGAGCCUGAGCAGCCGUCGACCGAGCCUGAGCAGCCGUCUACUGAGCCAGAGCAGCCUACUUCAUCGCAGCCUGCCCCUUCGCAGCCUUCGGACAACUGGGAGAACGAUAACGAGGUGGACUUCAAGCCUCCCGGCAACAACGGUGUUGAGAACGUUGGCUCCGAGCUCCCCGCUCCCUCUGCCACCGAGACCGACUCCGUCCCAACCUCCACGGAUGGCAGCGGCCACGUCUACCCCACCGGAUCGUUCCCCGAGGCCUCGCCCUCCCCCUCUGACUCUGUCGACCCCCUUCCCUCCGCUUCGGAAGUCGUCGACCCCUCUCCCUCUGCUUCGGACAUUGUUGACCCCACCCCCUCCGCCCCCGCCCCCACGGACCCCACGGACCCCAUCCCCUCGGUGACGGGUAAGCCCAUUGACUCCGUUUCGCCCGCGCCCACUGCGUCAGAGGUGCCCAGCCCUUCAGCCGACCUGUCGGCCCUCCCGGGCGUCUCGUCGGAGGUGGCCCCCACGGCCUCCGCCGAGACCCCGGCUUGGUCUGCUGAGCCAACCUCUACGCUUUCGGGUGCCCCUAUUCCGUCGGCCUCCUCCGAGAUCUCUGCUUCGGCUGAGGAGCCCAUCGCUCCCUCGCCGUCGGAGACUUCGGCCUCUGCUGAGCCUACUGCCGUUGAGCCCUCUGCAUCUGCGGAGCCCACAGCCGUUGAGCCCUCUGCGACCGUCGAGACUUCUGCUGGAGCCGAGCCUACCGCGUCUGCUGAGCCAUCGGCGUCCGCUGAGCCCUCGGCAUCCGCUGAGCCAUCGGCGUCCGCUGAGCCCUCGGCAUCCGCUGAGCCAUCCGCGUCUGCUGAGCCCUCGGCGUCCGCUGAGCCAUCGGCGUCUGCUGAGCCAUCGGCGUCGGCUGAGCCCUCGGCAUCUGCUGAGCCUACCGCGUCUGCUGAGCCCUCGGCAUCUGCUGAGCCAUCGGCGUCGGCUGAGCCCUCGGCAUCUGCUGAGCCUACCGCGUCUGCUGAGCCCUCGGCAUCUGCUGAGCCUACCGCGUCUGCUGAGCCCUCGGCAUCUGCUGAGCCAUCGGCGUCGGCUGAGCCCUCGGCAUCUGCUGAGCCUACCGCGUCUGCUGAGCCCUCGGCAUCUGCUGAGCCUACCGCGUCUGCUGAGCCCUCGGCGUCGGCUGAGCCAUCCGCGUCUGCUGAGCCCUCGGCAUCUGCUGAGCCAUCCGCGUCUGCUGAGCCCUCGGCAUCUGCUGAGCCAUCCGCGUCUGCUGAGCCAUCCGCGUCUGCUGAGCCCUCGGCAUCUGCUGAGCCAUCGGCGUCUGCUGAGCCCUCGGCGUCGGCUGAGCCAUCCGCGUCCGCUGAGCCCUCGGCGUCGGCUGAGCCUUCGGCAUCUGCUGAGCCAUCCGCGUCUGCUGAGCCAUCCGCGUCCGCUGAGCCCUCGGCGUCGGCUGAGCCUUCGGCAUCUGCUGAGCCAUCCGCGUCUGCUGAGCCAUCCGCGUCCGCUGAGCCCUCGGCAUCCGCUGAGCCCUCGGCAUCCGCUGAGCCCUCGGCAUCCGCUGAGCCCUCGGCAUCCGCUGAGCCCUCGGCAUCCGCUGAGCCCUCGGCAUCCGCUGAGCCCUCGGCAUCCGCUGAGCCAUCGGCGUCCGCUGAGCCCUCGGCGUCCGCUGAGCCCUCGGCGUCCGCUGAGCCCUCGGCGUCCGCUGAGCCAUCCGCGUCUGCUGAGCCCUCGGCAUCCGCUGAGCCUACGACAUCCGCUGAGACCUCAGCCUCUGCAGAGCCUACGCCGUCGCCGUCCGUGACGACCUCGGCCGAGUCCUCGUCCACAGAGACGUCGACUUCGGCCGAGACGUCGCUCACAGACGCCUCGCCGGAGCCUUCGGCUUCUAUUUCUACCUCCGCUGGAACCACUGAACCAACCCCUACAGACAGCACCACGCCGUCCCCGACCAGCAUCGUCGACCCCGCCCCGACCGACAACUCGACCUCGGCUGAGCUCCCCACCUCCACGGGCAACUCUACCGACGUCCCCGUCCCCACUGGCAACUCGACUGCCCCCAUCGACCCCGUCCCUACCUCGGACGCGACUGACGUCCCCACUUCCACUGGCGACAUUACGUCUGCGAUCCCCCUUCCCACUGGCAACGCUACCGAGGCCAUUCCCUCGCCGUCUGGUACUGAGGUGAUCCCGUCUCCCUCGGGCAACACGUCCGAGAUUGUCCCCUCGUCUACCAGCACUGAGGAGAUCCCCUCGCCCACUGGCAACACCUCCGAGAUCGUCCCCUCGUCUACUAGCACUGAGGAGAUCCCCUCGUCUACUAGCACUGAGGAGAUCCCCUCGCCCACUGGCAACACGUCCGAGAUUGUCCCCUCGUCUACCAGCACUGAGGAGAUCCCCUCGCCCACUGGCAACACGUCCGAGAUUGUCCCCUCGUCUACCAGCACUGAGGAGAUCCCCUCGCCCACUGGCAACACGUCCGAGAUUGUCCCCUCGUCUACCAGCACUGAGGAGAUCCCCUCGCCCACUGGCAACACGUCCGAGAUUGUCCCCUCGUCUACCAGCACUGAGGCGAUUCCCUCCCCCUCGGGUAACGUCACCGAGACUCUUCCCUUGCCCACUGCCAACACCACCGAGAUUCUCCCCUCGUCCUCGGCCACCAUCUCGAGUUCCGAGGCACCCACGAGCACCACCUCUGAGCCUCUCCCCUCGGAGACGACCGUCACCACCUCGGAGCCUCUUCCCAGCAGUGUGACGACGGCCGAGACCUCCACCACGAGCGACAUCCCCGCUGCCUCCACCACGAGCGACAUCCCCGCUGCCUCCACCACGAGCGACCCCGCGCCCUCGAACACGACCGAGACGAUUCCCUCGUCUACCGCCAACGAGACCGUCGCUCUUCCGACCGCCAUCGUCCCGACCAACGACAACGGCAUCGAGACUGUUACUUCUACCUCGUGGACAACCUUCACCGAGACGCGCACGCGCGAGCCCGACGCCACCUCCACUGAGGCCAUCCCCUCAUCGUCCGCGCUCCCUUCAUCCUCGCCCACAUCUUCGGCUGAGAGCUCAACCGUUGUGAUCCCUUCGUCUUCGGCUGAGCCUUCUCCCUCGGCUUCACCUUCGCCUUCGUCGUCUGCUGAGCCGUCGUCGGCUUCACCUUCGUCGUCUGCUGAGCCGUCGUCGGCUUCACCUUCGUCUUCGUCGUCUGCUGAGCCCUCGUCGGCUUCAGCUUCCCCCUCGUCGUCGGCUUCCCCCGAGCCCUCGCCCUCCGCCAUUGAGACCCCGACGACUCCCGAGCCGACCCCCAGCCCGACGACCUCUACCGAGACCACGACUUCGUCCUCAGCUUCUGCCUCCCCUGAGCCCUCUCUCUCGGCCUCGCCGAGCCCCACCACGCCCGCGCCCUCGCCCACUGAGACGGACGACUGCGAGGAGGUCAACGAGAUCAACCAGCGUGACUACUUCGAGAACGACGAGUACGAGGAGCUCUGGGUCGACGAGGACGACGUGCGCCCCGACGACAUCAUCCUUGCUUAA